AUGGGUAACACAAACAAUACAGUAAAAGGAAAGAGUAAACAAACUACAGCUCAGUCCCUCAAUGCAAGACAACCUGUACUCGGUUCAGUCAAUGGAUAUAACUAUUAUCCAAAUCCGUAUGCACCUGAGCAAUAUUUUUAUUCUGAAGAUCCUCAGAAUUAUCCUGCAUAUCCUCAAAAUUAUCCUGCAUAUCCUCAAAAUUAUCCUGCAUAUCCACAAAAUUAUCCUACACGUCCUCUCAAUCGUCCCGCAGUUUCUAGUGAAGAAUAUUUGCGAAAGGAAUUUUUUUCGCAACCAUCAACAAACAAUGAAGUCGUCGAACAACGUCCUUCAACUCAUCAUAGUCAUGUCCACCAUUCCGACAGUGCAAACAACAGUCCUCGCCACCGUCAUCACCAUCAUCAUCACACAUCCAAUGGUCAUAAUCAUAAUGAUCAUCAUCAUCAUCAUCAUCACCAACAUCGUCAUUCAUCUUCACCGCUUACCGAAAACAAAAGUUCGAAUACUUCUAUAGUUAAAGCAGAUACAACUCCUCGUCCACUUGCAGAAGAUCCACCUUCUCUUCAGACAAAAAAAACAAUCGUCCCGGUUGCAAAUAAAGAACUAAUAACUUCUCCACCAGUCACUGAUUCAAUUUCUGUUGUAGCACAAAGAUCUCCAACUCCUGUUGUAGUUAAACAGCAACCACCACCAACCAUACCCAUGACUGUAUCUCCGUCUCUUCCAGUAACAGUAGAUAAUUUUGAAAAAGCUCCAAUAUUAGUAACAAAUCAUGUUCUCAAAGCAUCUGAUAAAAAAUCGAUACAUAGCUAUGGAACAGGCUCACUAUCUAUAGUAAAACGAAUUCAAUCACAAACUUCAACAUCGGGUGGUAAAUGGUAUGAACAUGAUUAUGAUAAAAGAAUAACACCACUUACUACCGAAUAA